GAUAGUCACGUUUUAAAAUAUCAAUGUCAGUUCGGAGGUUCGCAAGCGAACAGCGCAUUUCGUUAAUUUCCUCAACUGCUUUGCAGCCUUUUAUGGAAACUAUCAGAUAAGUGCGUUUGUCUUGUUUUUUUCCUAUCGCGCCAAUUUAUUUGAGGAAAAAAAGCCAGAAAAAUCCCCUGCCGUGCGCCGCUUAGUGGGCUGUACUUGCAGCCAAUGUGCGCAUCAUGCUGUAGAUGAGCAAACCAAUCAGUGAACAGCAAGGAACGCCAGUAUGGAGUGAAUACUUCGUGAGAGAUUCAGAAAAAUUGCAAUAAAAAAACACCAACAACAGCAGUGACAAUGCCCUACAGUAACAACGCGAAAGUUCCUUCCGAAGACGGAUGCUGCCGAGUUUCCGUUAUUAAAGCAGUUUUAUAUGCAUACCAGUUUGUAUUUAUGCUAACUGGCAUCGGAAUAAUUGGUGUUGGAGUAUGGAAGUACCUGGAGACUUAUCACUACUUUACCGUAGCUCAUUUGAACAUGUAUUCAGCGGUUUUGUACUUGUUCAUUAUUACUGGUUGUCUAGUCAUUUGUGCCGUUAUUUUUGGGUUUUGUGCCAUACCAAAGAAUAGAACCAAGUUAAUAUUCGUUUUCAUUUUAGUUCUGGUGCUAAUAUUCCUGCUAGAAUCACUCGUCGCAAUAUUGGCAUAUUUCUACCAGCACAAUGUUGCCGAGGACGUGAAUCUAAGACUGAACUCCUCAUUCCUCGAGAACUACAAUCGAAACUCCAAAACAGACUCUGUGGAUUUUAUCCAGGAAAAUCUUCACUGCUGCGGCGCCCAAACGUUCUCCGACUGGAAGUACAGCAGAUGGAUCAAAGGAUCGCCAGGAAUCAAGAACAAAGUCCCGGAUUCCUGUUGCAAGACUCCAGAGUUCCUCUGCGGCAAACGCGACCAUCCAUCGAACAUCUACUACGCGGGAUGUGAAGAGCGACUGGCAGUUAUUCUCAAAGUGAGCCUCUGGGUGAUAUGCGCUGUCUCUUUGGGAGUGAGCGUUUUACAAGUGAUCGGAGUGGUGUUUGGCAUUAAGUUGUUCCUCAAACUGGAGGCGGACGACCGAAACUACAACCCGAGCACCAAUGGAAACGAAUCGCUUAUUCCGCCGUAGUUUUCCACACUUAUUAACAAAUUUUCGAUGUGUAGACAGCCAAUGAAUGUGUCAUAUCUGCCCUAUAAAGAAUUAGAGGCUUCAACUAGUCAAGAAUGAAUUAUCUGCUUUGUACUUCAUAGUUACAUAAUAUGUUAAUGUUAGUCACUGGAAAUUCUAGAAAUUGUUAAAAUGUGAAGCUUUAAUGUAUUCUUUAAGUGUUAGGACUAAGGAAAUUGACAUCAGCUGUUUCAAUGUAAUACAAAAAAAUAUGUAUGUUAAA